GGGGAGAAGGCCAGGCAUCCAGUUGCACAGGAAGGCUUCCAGCCGAAAGGAAAUGUGGUGGGCACAGACUGCGAUGCUCAGUUUGGAACACGCUGCAUUCCCUGUGAGACGGGAACCUUCAUGAACGAACCCAACGGCCUGACCAGGUGUUUCUCCUGCUUCUCCUGUGAUCCAGGCUCUGGACUCUCUAUCAAGCAGAACUGCACGUCUAUAUCAGACACAGUCUGUGAUGUUAUACACGGAUAUUUCUGUAAAAGCUGGACAGACAGUGCAGGAUGCAGCAAAGCAGCAAAACAUUCAGCCUGUAAACCUGGACAGAGAAUAAAGCUUCCUGGGACCAGCAGAGAUGACACCGUGUGUGAAAACUGCGAAGAAGGAACCUUUUCUCCAGAUGGGAGGAACUGCAUUCUGUGGACACAAUGUUCUGAACGCCAAACUAAGGUGCAAGAAGGAAGCUCAACGAGUGACGUUGUCUGCAUUAAUGGAUCAAUGCGACAUAGAUAUACUUUGCUUGCGCCUUUUCUUGGCCUAGCAGUUGUAAUUUGUUUGCUAAUCCCAGGUGUGUGA